GUGAAUAUGGAAAUUUCUUCUCGUAUACCGGAUUUACCGCCUAACAAGAAAUAUCACUUAUUUGUUUGUUAUGAAAGGAAUUCUUUGUGUACUGUUGCAGAAAUUGUUCAAAAUUUGGAGAAAGAAGGAGUCGUUUGUUGCUACUUUGAGAGAGAUUUCAUUCCGGGAAGGUCAAUUACUGACAAUAUGUAUGAUGGAAUAGAGAAAAGCAUGAAUAUGCUCAUUGUUCUAUCUGAGGAAUUAGAAAAUAGUUGUUAUUGUAUCGAUGAAAUUGACAAGGCAUUUAAUUUACGAGUACACGGACAGUACAAUCUCAUACCUAUACGGAUUGAGCCAUGUUCUAUACCAAUAUGCCUACAGCAUCUCGUGUAUAUAGAUGUAGAAGAAGCCAUUGAUGGAGCGCAUACUAAAAUUAUUAAUGCCAUGGUGAAGAAAGAUCAACAGAUUGCACUUACGGAAGAUUCAAACGGGAAGUACAUUGAAUUUGGACUAACGGCAAAUAAACCUAAUUGUUUGUCUUUUACAAGAUACAGACUGAAUAUUACAGAAAAGGAAAGAGUUAAACUAUGGAAAAAACAGUUCGAGGUCAACAAUUUAUUUCAAUUUAUUAUUGCAAAAGAUAUUGCAUAUAGGUUUGCCGUCUGUCCAUCUGUCUGUUUGUUUAUCAGGGUGAAUGAGAGGAAACUUGUUGGGUACUAAGAACAAUAUAUAACAGUAAAUUUUAUUCCAUUCCAUCCGUCAGAAUUGUUGGAUAUUUUAGGGUCUUAUUUGGUAUUUUUAAACAAAGAGGUGUCCAAUGUAUGACCUCUCGUGAGGUUUAUCUGUCCGUCAGUCUGUCCGUACGGACUCAAAUGACAUUAUGUGAUGAAUAUCCGUGUUCAUUACUUACAAACUUGUACUUUUGUGGAAAAAAUGUUGCUUAUGGGAUGGUUCAGAUCAAAGAAAAUAACAUAGACAGCUACUGUUGAACGCCCGUCCGUCCAUAAAUACUAAAUCUCAUGAAAA